CGGCGCUUGACAAGAGCGCCUGACGAAAGCGUCUUGCUCGACAAGAAGCACACUCGCAUUAUAGAAAGGAUAACCUGAGGUCAGCCAGGCUGGUAUCAGUUCGGCGCCAACAUUGUGAUCAGUCCCCGGACAUGGACACUGGAUAUACUGCGGAAACCUCCCGCUUGGAUGGAGUGGCUGAAAUAGAAGAAUACGACGAAAAGACACCUCUAAUAUCGAGCACUGAUUACGAGACUGUGAAGGGCUCACGCAGGUGGCGCAUAACGGAACAUACUAUUGGAACUAUCAAGAUCAUUGUCUCUACCAUUACAGCACCGUUGAGAUACGUCAUAGCUUGUUUUUACAACGAACAAGGCUACUUUUCUGCAACUCUUCCCGUCUAUCGAAUCGCGCGCGCAUUGACAGGUAGGCGACGUAAGACUGAAGGGCACGCGGGUCAGCAGGCACCAGAAAGAGAGAAGUCCUCCCGAAGAACACGUUCCAGGAUGGCGAACAAAACGACUAAUAAGCGAUCGCCCUCUGCCGAAUCAACCUCUGCAAUCAGCUCAGACUCAGAAGCAGAUGGUAUGCAGGGUCAUGACAGCCCAGCAAGACAUACGAGGUCGAGAGGCUCCAUUGCUUCUAGUAGUGGUGAUGAGAUCGCGCCGUCGAAGAAGUCGAUACGUAUUAGGCUUCACAAUGAAGACGCAUCAAGACAGCGCAAACGUAAAGGAACAACUACACGGACAGGGAAAAAUUCAGUGGGCCCUGAACAGACCCCUUCUGAAGCCGCCGCGCAGGCUCUGAAGUCACCGUCAAGUCCGGCAACCACUCCCAAGAUUACCAAAUUCCCACGUGCUCCACAUCCACCGAGACCCCUUGUACCAAGGCGACAACCUUCAUAUUCCGCGUCUGGGACAACGUCUGUUGGCCCUCACGCCCAUAAAAAGACGCUCGUCAUAGAUCUCGACGAAACCUUGAUCCACAGCAUGUCGAAAGGAGGACGUUUCACAACCGGCCAUAUGGUCGAAGUCAGACUGCAGCAGCCUGUUCAAGCUGCUGGUGCCGUCCUAACACCUCAAGUUCCCAUUUUGUAUUAUGUGCAUAAGCGACCACACUGCGAUGAAUUCCUUCGAAAAGUCAGCAAAUGGUACAAUCUCAUUGUCUUCACAGCCUCUGUACAAGAGUAUGCCGAUCCUGUCAUAAAUUGGCUCGAACUCGAGCGCAAAUACUUUUGCCAGAGACUCUACCGCCAACACUGCACGUUCCGAAACGGCUCAUAUAUCAAGGAUCUCACUCAUGUAGAGCCAGACUUGAGUAAGGUUAUGAUAUUGGACAACAGUCCGAUGAGCUAUGUAUUUCACGAAGACAACGCUAUCCCGAUAGAAGGCUGGAUCAGUGAUCCUACCGACAACGAUUUGCUCCACCUGAUUCCAUUUCUUGAAGGCUUGCAGUAUGUGACAGACGUUCGAGCGUUGUUAGCACUUAGACUUGGCGAGCCGCAAACAGUUUAGAUACAGGGCAUACAGUGGCGUCUGAUCAAACAACGGAGCGCAGCAUGGACCAUUAUCUUUUCUGUAUCAUAUCUUGUGUUUAGUAUAGGCGAUUGACCA